AACCUGAACCUGAACCUGAAGCUGAACCUGAACCUGAAGCUGAACCCAGCUGAGUGUCCAUGAAGAGUCACCGGUCCAUGGCGAUACCACUACUUUGAAGAAAAAAACAUCUGUAAGGGAGAGGCGAAUAGAAAUGGAGGAGAGAGGAUUGAUGGAGAGACUUGAAUGGCAGAAGGAGAGAAUUGCGAUGGAAAGGGAAAUUGAAAUGUUAAGAAGAAGAUUGAGGACGCAGCAGAAACCUGAGUCUCCUGAACCUGAACCUGAACAUGAACCUGAACCCAGCUGUGUGUCCUUCAAGAGUGACUGGUCAAAUGAUCGCUAUAUUGAUUUUAAAGGUCAACAACCCUCUGCUGAAAAGAGGAUCCAUGAAAGACCAGACUCUGCUGAACCUGAACCCAGCUGUGUGUCCUUCAAGAGUGACUGGUCAUAUCAAGUCCUUAUUAACUUUAAAGGUCAACAAUCCUCUGCUGAAAAGAGGAUCCAUCAAAGACCAGACUCUGCUGAACCUGAACCCAGCUGUGUGUCCUUCAAGAGUGACUGGUCAAAUGAACACCUCCUUGACUUUAAAGGUCAACAUUCUUCUGCUGGAAAGAGGAUCCAUCAAAGACCAGACUCUGCUGAACCUGAACCCAGCUGUGUGUCCUUCAAGAGUGACUGGUCAAAAGAUCUCUAUAUUCACUUUAAAGGUCAACAAUCCUCUGCUGGAAAGAGGAUCCAUCAAAGACCAGACUCUCCUAGACCUGAACCCAGCUGUGUGUCCUUCAAGAAAGACCAGUCAUAUCAAGGCCUCAUUGACUUUAAAGGUCAACAACCCUCUGCUGAAAAGAGAGUGGACCAGGAGAGCUCAGAGGUUCCCAUUGGUCAGUCUGCCCAGCAGCAUCAAAAACACCUGGACUCCAUUUAUAUGCUGCUGGAGGACAACAUCGUCACUUUUGUGAAGAACGAGCUGAAGAAGAUCCAGAAGAUUCUGAAUCCAGAUUACCCAGAAUGCUCAGAGAGUCAGAGGGACGAUGAGGAUGAAGAGCAGAGGAGCAGCCGAGAGGCAUUUCUGAAGAUCACACUGCACUUCCUGAGGAGAAUGAAGCAGGAUGAGCUGGCUGACCGUCUGCAGAGCAGAAGUCCAGCAGGAGUUUGUAAGCGUAAUCUCAAAUCUAAACUAAACAAGAAGUUCCAGUGUGUGUUUGAGGGGAUUGCUAAAGCAGGAAACCCAACCCUUCUGAAUCAGAUGUUCACAGAGAUCUACAUCACAAAGGGAGGGACUCCAGAGGUCAAUGCUGAACAUGAGGUCAGACAGAUUGAAACAGCAUCCAGGAAACCAGACAGACCAGAAACAACAAUCAGACGAGAAGACAUCUUUAAAACCCUACCUGAAAGAGAUGAACCAAUCAGAACAGUGAUGACAAAGGGAGUGGCUGGCAUCGGGAAAACAGUCUUAACACAGAAGUUCACUCUGGACUGGGCUGAAGACAAAGCUAACCAGGACAUCCAGUUCACAUUUCCAUUCACCUUCAGAGAGCUGAAUGUGCUGAACGAGAGAAAGUACAGCUUGGUGGAACUUGUUGAUUACUUCUUUAGUGAAACCAAAGAAGCAGGAAUCUGCAGGUUUGAAGAGUUUCCGGUUGUGUUCAUCUUUGAUGGUCUGGAUGAGUGUCGACUUCCUCUGGACUUCCUCAACACUAAAAUCCUGACUGAUGUUACAAAGUCCACCUCAGUGGAUGUGCUGCUGACAAACCUCAUCAGGGGGAAUCUGCUUCCCUCUGCUCGCCUCUGGAUAACCACACGACCUGCAGCAGCCAAUCAGAUCCCUCCUGGGUGUGUUGACAUGGUGACAGAGGUCAGAGGGUUCACUGACCCUCAGAAGGAGGAGUACUUCAGGAAGAGAUUCAGAGAUGAGGAGCAGGCCAACAGAAUCAUCUCCCACAUCAAGAAAUCACGAAGCCUCUACAUCAUGUGCCACAUCCCAGUCUUCUGCUGGAUCACUGCUACAGUUCUGGAGGAUGUGUUGAAGACCAGAGAGGGAGGAGAGCUGCCCAAGACCCUGACUGAGAUGUACAUCCACUUCCUGGUGGUUCAGUCCAAAGUGAAGAAGAUCAAGUAUGAUGGAGGAGCUGAGACAGAUCCACACUGGAGUCCAAAGAGCAGGAACAUGAUCGAGUCUCUGGGAAAAUUGGCUUUUGAGCAGCUGCAGAAAGGCAACCUGAUCUUCUAUGAAUCAGACCUGACAGAGUGUGACAUCGAUAUCAGAGCAGCCUCAGUGUACUCAGGAGUGUUCACACAGAUCUUUAAAGAGGAGAGAGGACUGUACCAGGACAAGGUGUUCAGCUUCAUCCAUCUGAGUGUUCAGGAGUUUCUGGCUGCUCUUCAUGUCCAUCUGACAUUCAUCAACUCUGGAGUCAACCUGCUGUCAGAAGAACAAACAACAUCAACACAGUUCUACCAGAGUGCUGUGGACGAGGCCUUACAGAGUCAGAAUGGACACCUGGACUUGUUCCUCCGCUUCCUCCUGGGUCUUUCACUACAGACCAGUCAGAAUCUCCUACGAGGUCUGCUGACACAGACAGGAAGUAGCUCAGAGACAAAUCAGGAAACAGUUGAGUACAUCAAGAAGAAGAUCAGUGAGAAUCUGUCUGCAGAGAGAAGCAUCAAUCUGUUCCACUGUCUGAAUGAACUGAAUGAUCGUUCUCUAGUGGAGGAGAUCCAAUGGUACCUGAGUUCAGGAAGUCUCUCCACAGAUAAACUGUCUCCUGCUCAGUGGUCAGCUCUGGUCUUCAUCUUACUGUCAUCAGAAGAAGAUCUGGAUGUGUUUGACCUGAAGAAAUACUCUGCUUCAGAGGAGGCUUUUCUGAGGCUGCUGCCAGUGGUCAAAGCCUCCAAUAACGCUCUACUGAGUGGCUGUAAUCUGUCAGAGAGAAGCUGUGAAGCUCUGUCCUCAGUUCUCAGCUCCCAGUCCUCUAGUCUGAGAGAGCUGGACCUGAGUAGCAACAAUCUGCAGGAUUCAGGAGUGAAGCUGAUCUCUGAUGGACUGAAGAGUCCACACUGCACACUGGAAAUGCUCAGGUUGAGUGGCUGCAAUCUGUCAGAGAGAAGCUGUGAAGCUCUGUCCUCAGUUCUCAGCUCCCGGUCCUCUAGUCUGAGAGAGUUGGACCUGAGUAACAACGAGCUGCAGGAUUCAGGAGUGAAGCAGAUCUCUGAUGGACUGAAGAGUCCACGCACACUGGAGACUCUCAGACCUCAGGACUUUGGGCAAUGUAUUCUUAAUCUGGACCAAAAUGUACCUGGACAGCAAGCUCCCCGUGUUGACCGAGGGUUCCUGUGUGUUGUUCUGUGUGUUUGCAGUAUGUCAGGCUGUCUGAUCUCAGAGGAAGGCUGUUCUUCUCUGGUCUCAGCUCUGAGCUCCAACCCCUCACAUCUCAGAGAGCUGGACCUGAACUACAAUCAUCCAGGAGACUCAGGAGUGAAGCUACUGUCAGAGGGACUGAAGGAUCCUCUCUGGAGACUGGACACUCUCAGGGUGGAGCCUGCUGGAGUCAGAUGGUUGACACCAGGUCUGAGGAAGUAUUCCUGUGAACUCACACUGGACACAAACACAGUGAACAGAAAACUCAAACUGUCUGACAACAACAGGAAGGUGACAUUAGUGGAGGAGGAUCAGCCAUAUCCUGAUCAUCCAGAGAGGUUUGACUCCUGCUAUCAGCUGCUGUGUAGAGAUGGUCUGACUGGUCGCUGUUACUGGGAGGUCCAGAGGAGAGGAGAUGUUUAUAUAUCAGUGAGUUACAGAGGAAUCAGGAGGAGAGGAGACAGUGAUGACUGUUUGUUUGGAUGUAAUGAUCAGUCCUGGAGUCUGAUCUGCUCUGAUGAUGGUUACUAUGUCCGUCACAAUAACAGAGAAACAUCCAUCUCCUCCUCCUCUGUCUCUGGUAGAGUAGCAGUGUAUGUGGACUGUCCUGCUGGCUCUCUGUCCUUCUACUCAGUCUCCUUUGACUCACUGAUCCACCUCUACACCUUCAACACCACAUUCACUCAGCCUCUCUAUCCUGGGUUCUGGUUCUGGUCUCCUGGUUCCUCAGUGUCUCUGUGUCCUCUGUAGGACGGAGAG